AUGAUGAAGGACGACAUGGCGAGCAGUGUCCGCAUCCCGUCGGUCUUCAUCUCGUACGCGUCGGGCGAGUGGUUGCUGGACGCCAUGAGUCGCGCCCUUCCGUGGGACCCGCUCCGGAUAACUAUUGAUUCGAACGGAGAACUCCCGCAGGCGUCGACGUCGAACCGCCUGUUGAAGCGCGUGAUCGCCUACGUGUUCUUGAUUUCGAUCGUCUGCGCGUUCUCGAGCGGCUUGAGCUUGCUGUCGUCGGUGAUUUUCCAGUGGGUUGGCAAGACGCGGCGAACUCAUGCGGCCAAGCAGCUGCCCAUCGCGAAGUACGAGCGGAAUAUGCAGCGGACAUUGCUGGAGCACUUACUGGAGGACCAGUUCGUACUUGAUCGCAUCCCUCUCGCGGAGAUUGAGAAGGUCUCCAGCGCUGAUACCCACGUUCACGCAGAGAGCGAACAUGUCGUUGCCUCCGCAGCAACUCCGCUUGAGACGGGACAUUCGAUGUCGAAUGGCGAUGAUGAUGUUUAUCUUGAGAAGGAGGAGGCCAAAGCGCAAGAAGAAGAGGAGCUGGUGAAGCACGAAACGACCUAUCGGAGUUCGGUGGACUCGGAGUCGGAGACGUGCCCCAUUUGUCUGGACGACUUCGAAGAUGGAGCCGAUGUCAAGGUUCUGCCGUGCCAGCACUUCUUCCACGUCGACUGCAUCAACCCAUGGCUCGAGGGCCGAAGUGGACGCUGCCCACUCUGCAAGCAAGACGCUAUUGCCACGAUUGCCGGAGCGUCCAAGAAGAUCUUUGGCUUCCCGCUGCCGCGAAUUGAUCAAAUUCUCCAGCAAGAGCAUUGGGUCCACACGUUCUUCCUCAUGCUCCCUGCAAGCUUCAUCAGCUGCCUAAUCGUCAACGCCGCCGCCUCCAUCAUCGGCACCAUGUGGCCGUAA